GCAGGGGCUUGGAGCAGAAGGUGACGGACAGAUGUCGCAGCUGCGCGAAGCGCCUCAGCUCCUGGAUGCUGCUCUCCUCCCACGAGUCCAGGCGCAGCGUGUGAAGGAAGGGCAGCCACGCGCACAGCUUCCGCAAGUUCUUCUUCUUGCCGAACUUGAGCGAGACCGUGGCGGUGCGCCGCUGAGCAAGGCUGCGCCAGAAGUGGCUGCUGUAGCGCGAGAAGUUCCUCAACACCACGUCGAAGUCUCGCCACAGCGCGCUGCUGCCGUCCAGCAGCUGCCGGAAGUAGCCGCACGUACAGCGGAGGCUCAGCUUGUCGGCGCGGGGCAAGAAGCUGAAGACGUGCAGCCACAGCUCGUCCGGAUAAUCCAGGGCGGACGUCAUGACGCGGCCCACGGCAUCGACGGGUGAGAGCGCUUUUCUCACCCAGGAGAUGGCGUUUCCUCCGCCGAGCCCCUGCGUCGUCACCGUCCCGGGAAGGGACGCCUCACUGUCACGUCCAUGUUCCCGUACAUGGACUCAUCUGUGCUCCGUCUCGCGCUGGGACGCUGCGCAGAAGCGGCCCUUCCUGGUGAUGGGAGGGUCCAUUCCACUCACCCCCGCACGGCGGCGUAUUGGAUUCGCCCAUCUGCGUCACUGGUGGACUGAAGCGGUGACGCGGCUCCGACAGCAGCUCGGAUGUACUAUUGAGCGUCCCAGCGGGCGGCCAUCCUGAGGUGACGGACGACCACGCUGCUGCUCGACCCACGCAUCUCUACCGAGUCCAAACGAGCCCGCUUUUCCACGGCGCUGUGUCCCGCCACUGUGUUUACAUCGUCGCUGACUGGUUCGAGCGGGCGCUGGUUUGUGACGUCAUCAGCGCUCAUGUCUUCUGUUGUCUCCUCCUGCGGCCUCUUCGAUGUGCUUCUCGCCAUUUACAUGAGGGUCGUUCAACUGAAACAUUUUCAUUGACUGUGACGGUCAGCGAUGUUAGGAAAUGACCACUGGGUGUCACUGUUGUGAUGGGUAACAAAGGAAACGAGAAGAAGAACAGUGGUUCGUGACGAUGGAAUAAACAAACCAGGUGACCAUCAUAAAAGUUCUGGACCAUUGGUCAAACCAAACAGAACCAGAUCUACUUAGGAACAAGCUGAAAGUUCGUGUUUCGUUGGCGGAGCUAGUGGGGGCGCUGCUGAGUCCCAUUUUAUUUCCCCGAAGAAGAGAACACGCGUUUCGUGGAUCAAGACACUGGAGCAGAUGGAAGGUUGGUCUCCAGCGGCCAGGAAGAGCUCGGCGGUGACGGGCAGCGCGCGCAAACUCCGGGACACCGCGGCUGACUGGCACAACUUGAUUCUGCGCUGGGAGAAGCUCAACGACGAGGGCUUGACCGUCGCCACCAGCGUGGUCAACCUGCGGCGCAGCAGUUUUCAGGCGGAGCAGCGGCAGCAGGUGGAUGAGACUCCGCCUCCGUCCUCAUGGCCGCGGGGUGAGACGGUGACGCUGGAGGAGGAGUGUCUCAAGCUCCAGGACAUCGUCAACAAAAUGGCGUCCGUCGUAGCCAAGAUGCAGCGACUGGUCACGACGCUGAGAGGAAUCAUGGAUUUGGAGGCGUUUCAGUUUGGACCUGAAGGCAGGAAGGUGCCACUCUUCCACAGCUGGAGCACCCAGACGUUCGAGGAAGCGUCCGUCUUCCUGUUGGACGCCUUCACGCAGGAGCUGCAGCUGAAACAGACCAUCCUGCAGGAACUUGCUCACACAGACUCCCCUGACCUGGGCCUGGUCUAUGUUUCUUGCUGGUUGCACCAACCCUACGUUCCUCCUCAGAGCCGGCUGAAGCUGGAGGCCAUGCUGCUGGAGACUGGACACAGGACACUCUGAUUCCACCUGCUUGGAUCAGACUCGGACCAUCAGGUCAAGCAGUUGUAGACGACUGAGCACACGAGGCAGCAGCUGAAUACAGGCUGGGCCCAUCAGCAAGUCCCUCCUCCUCAUCAUCAUCAUCCUCAUCAUGUCCCCAUCCUCGUCUUCCAUCUCUCUCUUGUCAUUCCUAUUUGUGACCAGUUGUUUAAAGUAAUCCUAACAAUAGUGGGGAGAAGGGAAGAAAGAAAUGCUGUCUCAUGGGCUUUUCUGGAGAAUGACAAAGCUCAAUGUAUUUUGCUGAGCGAGCACAACACGCUGUGCUCAGAACUUGCCCUUUGAUGACAAGCAUUGUUUUAUUAAGACGUCAGUUUUGACCUCAUGACUCAUCACCCCCACGCCCCCCCAACAUGUCCCCGCAGCCCCAAAAAAGUCAUUCCAGGUUAAAAAGAAAUUCUGUAUUGACGGACUACAGGUGAGGAAAAUGUAACUGUGAGAUAGAAAUGCACAUCAGAGGACAUUGGAACAACAUCAGGACACAUUCAGAGUGAAAGCACAUGUUGACUUUAUGGUUGGAUCCCUCCAACACUGGGCGCUUCAUCAGUUCGUCCAACAAGAGCAGGACUUCACGUCAUGUGUUUUGACGGCCCGGGAAGCCAUCCGGACUGCGUCCUGCGAGUACAAACCACGAGUCCACUGUUUUUUUAUUUUCAUAUAAAAUGUAAUAAAAUAGUGCAACUUUGAA